GAGCGCGCUGCGCGUUCUGGUAAACUUGCGGGAACGAGCCCGGAUCGUCGGCGAGGAUCAUUUCAUUUUCUCAAAACAUAAUCAGGACAAUAAAAACAAGAAGCCAAGAUGAACCAGGUGCUUGCAUCUUGCUGGACAUGUCUCCUGCUCUCUGCCUUCUUGUGUGAGCCUGUACUGUCCAAAGGCGGUCGUGGCGGGUCCCGGGGCUCGUCUCGGGGGGCUUCCUCCCGCAGCUCCACAGCAGGAACUUACCGUGGAGGAGGAGUCUAUGGUGGGACCCGCUCUCGCUUCAAGGCAGCAGGGCGAACAUCCCCAGUUCGGGUGGCGGCUGCAGCAGCAGCAGGGGCAGCGGUGGCAUUGACGGCGGAUAAAUGGUACGCUUCUGCAUACCGCCGCAGCAACGCAGACAGCUCAGAGGAAGAACUGGAUUAUUACAACAGGACCAACUAUGUUGAGGCGCAAAUGUCAGGUUCAACUCAAAAUGGAUCUUCUCUCCCUCAAAUUGUUUCUGUCAUUAUUGCAACAUUUUCCCAAAAAAUGUGGAUUUGCACUGGACAGUAUGCUGUAGAUGUUUAAGUUAUGUACGGGGUUUAUAUACCGUUUAGUCUCAGACUAAGCUGCUGCCCUGCACCUACACUGGAGCGUGCACUUCAGACCCAAGACCACACAUGUGGAGGGAUUCUGAAAACAAAUAUGUGAACACAUCACUGUACUGUAUGUUUAUAUGCACCUGUAAGAUUCUGUACAAAGACACACUACUAACACUGUAUUCAGUGACGGCUACACAUUUAUCAAACUGCAGAAUUGCUUUCCGAAAAAAGUGAUGCCAUCAAAUAAAUGUCACUGU